UUUUGCUGUGCUCAUUCAUUUAAAGGAGCCUUUCACCUAAAUGCACGUAAAAAGCUUGUAAACAUUGCAUGAUAAAUGCGCUAAAGGUUUUGGACGCUAGACUGUGCCGAGGUGAAUUUCGAGGUUGUCUGGUUGUGAAUGAAAAUGCAUUACUCCAGCCUUCUUGGUUUGUUCAUCCUGUUAUCUGCUCUGUCAGGAUGUAACGCUGGUAAAGUUCUGGUCGUCCCUGCAGAUGGAAGCCACUGGAUCAAUAUGAAGGUCCUUAUUGUGGAGUUACAUUCAAAAGGUCACAAUAUCACUGUGGUUCGAGGUUGUAGAAGCUGGUACAUUGAGGAAAAGUCUCCUCUCUACACUUCUAUCACCGUAGACACUGGAAAGCAUGACGAUGACUUUAUAGUGAACUUUCUCCCCCGUUUACUCCAGAUCCAGAGACAAGGAAGAUCAUUUUGGAACGAAAUGGCACUUGCUGAAGAGUUUUAUAGCAGAUUUAGAGAAAUUCAACAGCAAAUAUGCAAUAUGACAGCUACAAUGUUUGAAAAUGAGAUCUUAAUGAAUUCAUUAAAAGAUGCUACAUAUGAUAUUGUACUUACGGAUCCUGCUUUUGGAGGUGGAGUGUUACUGGCGCACCGCCUUGGCCUCCCUCUUGUGUUUAAUGUCCGCUGGACCAUGUAUGGUGAAGGUCACUUUGUUGUAGCUCCAUCUCCUCUCUCAUAUAUUCCUGUUACAGGGUUACUGCUAACUGACAAGAUGACAUUCAGUCAGAGAGUAAGAAACGUGUUGACAUAUGUAGUGUUUUUUUAUAAGCAUUCCAAGUACUUUGGUUCUCCUUACCAAGAGUUCUCUCAGAAGUAUUUUGGCCCCAAUGUUGAUUUCUUCUCCCUCCUCCAGAAUGCAGAUAUCUGGCUCAUGAGAAAUGAUUUCAUUUUUGAGUUUCCACGACCCACAAUGCCAAAUGUUGUCUACAUGGGUGGCUUCCAGUGCAAACCAGCUAAGCCACUUCCAGAUGAACUUGAGAAGUUUGUGCAGAGCUCAGGAGAGCAUGGGGUCAUCAUCAUGACUUUAGGAACUGUUUUUGGACAGCUUCUGAGUGAAAUCAAUGAUGAGGUUGCUGCAGCUUUUGCCCAACUGCCUCAAAAGGUUAUUUGGAGACACACAGGACCACGACCUGCCAAUCUUGGUAACAAUACUCUGAUUGUUGACUGGAUCCCACAGAAUGACAUGCUUGGACAUCCUCAAACUAAACUGUUUGUAGCACAUGGAGGCACCAAUGGAGUUCAGGAAGCCAUCUACCAUGGAGUGCCUAUUGUGGGCCUUCCUUUAGCUUUUGACCAACCUGACAAUCUCUCCAGGAUGCAAGCAAAAGGAACAGCAAAAAUUGUAGAUAUUGCAACUUUAGACAGGACUGUUUUUCUUGAUGCAUUAAAGGAGGUGUUGCAUAACCCAUCUUACAAGGAGAACAUGCAGAGACUGUCCAAGCUGCACCAUGACCAGCCAAUGAAACCUCUUGAUCGUGCCGUCUUCUGGAUUGAGUUUGUCAUGAGGAACAGAGGAGCUCCUCAUUUACGAACACAGUCUUUCAGAAUGUCCUGGAUUGAGUAACACUCUAUAGAUGUUAUUUUGACUUUAAUGGCGACACUUUUCAUUUUUGUCUUUGUCACUGUGUAUGCAAUUAGAUAUCUUUUUAGAGUUUGUAUCAAAAAUAAAAUAAAACAUGAGUGAUGCACAGGUAUGACAUAGCAUACACAUCUCCUGAUUGUGAUAGCAUGUGUUUUUAUGGGAAUCUGAAAUGAUUUAUUUAUUUUUUUUAAAUAAAUGUCUCUUGAUUGUAAAUGAAAAAAUAAUAACGAUAAAUAUCCACUGCAUGAGAUUGAAAAGUAUAAUUCAAAACCAAUUAAGUAUUCUCUCUGAUAUCUUGGUAAUUUUAUACUAACAGUUUAAAAUUGCAUGUUUGGUUGUUAGCGUUCAAUAAAUAAUUUUAUUGGGACCUGCUACACUGAAGGUUUCUCUUUAUCAGUUUUGGUUAAGCUUUUGUCUGUCCAAGUACUAAAAUAAAACAUGAAUUAAAAAUGAAAGCUGAUAAAUACACACACAUUAACAAUUUUCUGUUUCUGCUACAUAGUAAAACUCUGAAAAGUCUGUUGUUGAUGCUAACUGCAUUUCCUAACACUUACAGAGGUAGUACCUAGCUUUAUUUUUAAAUCAGUAUGAGAGUAUUUUGAUUGUUUUCGAGGAUUCGUUCACCCAAAAAUUAAAACUCUGUCAUCAUUUACUUACUCUCAGGUCAUUCCAAUCCUGUAUGACUUUAUUUCUUCUGCCUAACAACCUAGCAGUUUUACAGAUUAUACACUGAAAGUAAAUAGUAUUAUGUUUUGAACACACAGUUACAUGAUAUUUUUGGGACAAUAAUAGUUAUUUUAUUUAUUUUUGUAUUUUGUGAAAUCUUGUGUACUCUAUUAAUUCACUUUAA